AGUUUCAGGGCCAUGGCUGAUCCUGGGAUCCACCGCCCCUUGAGCCUAACCUGCUCCCUGCUCAUUGUGGGAAUGUGCUGUGCACCUCCUUUCUUCUGUCACAGCCAGACAGACCUACUGGCUCUUCACCAAGCUGAUCCUCAGUGCUGGGAAUCCUCCUCAGUGCUUCUCCUGGAAAUGCGAAAGCCUCGCAUUUCCAACACUGUUUCAGGCUUCUGGGAUUUUAUGAUGUACCUGAAGUCAUCUGAGAACUUGAAGCAUGGGGCUCUGUUUUGGGAUCUGGCCCAACUCUUCUGGGACAUCUAUGUGGACUGCGUGCUUUCAAGGAACCAUGGCUUAGGAAGGAGGCAGUUGACUGGAGAGGAAGAGAAAAUCCCAGCAGCACAGCCACAGCACACAGGGAGUAAACAAGGUGCAUUUUCUCAGCUGCCAAGAAUGCUUUUCCUAAAGAAGAAAGAAUUGAUUCAAGAUCUAAUAAACAUGCAUGCGCACAGGAGUGGGUCUAGAUUCAUUGGGAAAACAAAGUUUGAGAUAAAAAGAAAAUAAA